AUGCCUUCGACAACACCAAUGGGACGUCCCGUCUCUGACGACUCUCCCUCCUCCUCCAAGUCCUCCAAGCGCAAGGGUACAUACGAUCCCACCACUCCCGCUUCCCCCCGUCGGCACCGACUAACAGCCAUCUCCCCAGGCACUCGCAGCGUCUCGACCCUUACGCCGUCCCAGCUCGCCCGCAAGCGCGCCAACGACCGCGAGGCCCAGCGCGCCAUCCGCGCUCGCACCAAGGAGCACAUUGAGCGCCUGGAGCGCGAGCUCGAGGAGCUGCGCAGCCACCAGAACCGCGACCGCACCCUGCAGGACCUGCUCCGCCGCAACAAGGCCCUCGAGGACGAGCUUAGCCGCCUGCGCGAGUCCAUGGGCAUGUCCAUGACCUCGUCCCCCUACUCAGCAUCGGGCGCCUACGACGAGCAGCCUCACACAGCACCGCCCUCGGGCGCCAACGUCGCCUCGCCGCGAAUGUCGCCCCUCGCCGCCUCGGCCGAUUACAACUCUCUGCCCGAGUACGGCCAGCACUACGUCGCCAUGUCCGGCAGCAACGUCGACUCGUGGGCCGCCAACGUCCCGUCCCACAUCGGCUCCAACGUCUCUAGCCCAUCCUCGUCGGCCGACGACUACGUCUCCGGCUACAUCCCGACGAGCGUGCCUACCUCCAUGAUGCCCACCUCCAACAGCCUCGAGUCCAUUGACGACUUUCGCAUGAACAACAUGCCCAUGCAAGGUGUCCCCCCAAACGUUUACAUGCAGCAGCAGCAGCAGCAACAACAACAACAGCAACAGCAGCCGCCGCCGCCGCCCCAGCAGGGCGCCGCCCAAGGUGACUGGCAAAUGUACAACGUGUACUACAACUCCCAGCUACCAAAGGGCAGCGAGGCCUGCCUGUCCAGAUGA